GGCUGGCUUACACCGUCCCGGCCUCAUUCCCUCUCCCUUCCCGAAGCCUCCACUAAGACUGCGAGCAAUGGCCACGGCAGAAGGGAAAGGACUCAAGCCAGAAGGACGCCCUGAGCUUGGCGAAGUGGGUGGGAUCCCCCUGUUUAAAACCACCUGUAAUGAAUGGGGCCGGAUCCAGGGCUUCCAAGCCAAGCCAGAUGACCUGCUCAUUUGUACCUAUCCCAAAGCAGGCACCACAUGGAUACAAGAGAUAGUAGAUAUGAUCCAACAAGAAGGUGACCUGGAGAAAUGUCAGCGGGCCCCUGUCCAUCGCCGACAUCCAUUCAUUGAGUGGGCACGGCCGCCCCAGCCCUCAGGGGUGGACCAGGCAGACGCGAUGCCCUCUCCGAGGAUUCUGAAAACCCAUCUCCCUGUGCAGCUGCUCCCUCGGUCCUUUUGGGAGCAGAACUGCAAGUUCCUUUACGUAGCAAGGAAUGCCAAAGACUGUGUGGUGUCUUAUUUCCACUUCCAAAGAAUGAACAAGAUGAACCCUGAUCCUGGAACGUGGCCAGAAUAUGUUGAGACUUUCAUGGCAGGCAAAGUUGGCUGGGGCCCUUGGUACGACCAUGUAAAAGGUUGGUGGAAGGCAAAAGACACUCACCGUGUGCUCUACCUCUUCUAUGAAGACAUCAAAAAGGAUCCAAAGCGUGAAAUCCGGAAGGUGAUGCAAUUUAUAGGAAAGCAACUAGAUGAAGUCACUCUGGACAAGAUUGUCCACCAUACCUCAUUUGAAGUCAUGAAAGACAACCCCAUGGCCAACCGGGCCGGUGUGCCCCUCUCCGUCAUGGACCAGUCCAUUUCCCCAUUCAUGCGGAAAGGAACAGUUGGUGACUGGAAGAACCACUUCACGGUGGCUCAGAAUGAGCGAUUCAAUGAAGACUAUCAAAGGAAGAUGGCAGACACCACCCUGACUUUCUCCAUGGAGCUCUAAAACCCCACUGCUGGAACUCCCGAAGAGGAACUCCCUCCUUAAAGGGAGGAUUCAUCUCAGCCAACAUUGUCAGGAGCUUUUCUUUUUCCAGCUGUGCUGUGGGGCCUGCAGAUCCUAAUUGCACCAAAUA